UGCUUCCUUUUUAUUUCUUCCAAUCUAUUUUCUUUUUUUUCUUUUCUUUCUUUUCAACAGGUUUCUUUGUGAGAAACUUAACAUCCUCGAUUCAAUUUCAUUCAGCCAUUAAAUCCGAUUUCGCCAACAAUGCCUUCCCUCGAAGACGGUUCUAAGAAUGAGUCAAGACUACUCCUCAUUUCAAAUCGGUUACCGAUUACGAUAAAACGCUCCGAAGCCGGGAAGUAUGACUUCUCCAUGUCAUCUGGUGGCUUGGUCAGCGGUCUCAGUGGUCUAUCAAAAUCCACUACGUUCCAAUGGUAUGGCUGGCCCGGCCUAGAGGUCCCCGAAGAAGAGAUACCGGUGGUGAAGCAACGGUUGAAGGAUGAGUACAAUGCAGUUCCCGUAUUUAUCGAUGAUGAGCUAGCGGACCGGCACUACAAUGGAUUCUCUAAUUCUAUUCUGUGGCCCCUUUUCCAUUAUCAUCCUGGUGAAAUCACCUUCGAUGAAUCUGCUUGGGACGCUUAUAAGGAUGCGAAUCGCCUAUUCGCGCGGGCCGUCGCGAAAGAAGUUCAGGAUGGAGAUCUAAUUUGGGUGCAUGACUACCAUUUGAUGCUUCUUCCUGAGAUGCUUCGAGAAGAAAUCGGAGACCAGAAGCAGAACGUCAAGAUUGGAUUCUUCCUACACACCCCCUUCCCUAGCAGUGAAAUUUACAGGAUCCUCCCCGUCCGAAACGAGCUGUUGCUUGGGGUCCUCCAUUGCGACCUCAUAGGCUUCCACACCUACGACUAUACAAGACAUUUCUUGAGCGCUUGCUCGCGCUUAUUGUACGUUGAGACCAGCCUUCCAGGGCAAAAUUAUUGCCUGCGGAGCUUCCCGAUCGGCAUUGACCCUGAGAAAUUUCAGGAGGGUCUUAAGAAAGAGAAGGUCCAGAAGCGGAUUGCACAGCUUGAACAGAAGUUCCAGGGAGUGAAGCUUAUGGUUGGUGUUGACCGCCUUGACUAUAUUAAGGGCGUUCCGCAAAAGCUGCAUGCGCUGGAAGUGUUCCUUAGUGACCACCCUGAAUGGCAGGAUGUCGAGGAGUAUCAGAACUUGAGGGCUGUUGUGAACGAGCUAGUCGGCCGUAUCAACGGGAAGUUUGGUACUGUGGAAUUCAUGCCAAUCCACUUCCUACACAAGUCAGUCAACUUUGAUGAACUGAUUGCCCUGUAUGCCGUGUCGGACGCGUGCAUCGUUUCGUCAACUCGGGAUGGCAUGAAUCUGGUCGCGUACGAGUAUAUUGCAACCCAGCAAAAGCGGCACGGUGUUUUGGUCCUCUCAGAGUUUGCCGGUGCAGCCCAGAGUCUCAAUGGCAGCAUCAUUAUUAACCCUUGGAAUACCGAAGAACUCGCCGGUGCCUACCAGGAGGCUGUUACCAUGAGCGACGAGCAGAGGGCCCUGAAUUUCUCCAAGCUGGACAAAUAUGUCAAUAAAUAUACGAGUGCCUUCUGGGGCCAGUCAUUCGUAACGGAAUUGACGAGGAUAUCUACCCAAUCUGCGGAGAAAUUCCAGUCUAAAAGGGCUUCACUUGCCGGCGCAUACCACGAACAAGUGAACGGUGUAGAAUCCGAGGGAUCGUCUUAA